UCUGAAUCAACACUGAGGUCUACUGGGUAUGAAAUAUACACUAUGCGGAAGUGACGUAUGAACUGUGCAUCAGACCUCGACAUUGUGACACGCUUUUUGUGCGCCAAGCGAAACCGGAGCGUUACUUGUACAGGGGGAAAAACACACUAGAAAAAAAAGGACACAAUGGUUUACCAAGGAUUUCUUGCGUGCUUCACCUUGCUUGUCGCUGUAUAUGGCGUCACAAGCAAAUGUGUCCCACCCGUCGGUGGCUUCCCCAACCAAACGAUGGAGGAGCGAAUGGUCCGGUCGGCCAUCUUGCUUUCCGGCAAACAUGGCGAGCCGACCCACGACAACAAGACCGGCGUCGUUGCCCACAGCUUCGUCGUGUCGUGCGUCUUUAAGAGUGACGACAAGCCUGUGAAGGAGAUGAUCUACAUAGAGUACGCCUACCCACCCAUGGGCUGCUCCGUGUCCGAGCUGCCGGAGACCGGUAGUAACGUUAUCGUCGGGCUGAAGCGCACGACCAAUGGGAACUACACGUUCGACGAGCCCAGCAUGUCGCAGACGGCGGUUUUCGACGCCACGGACGACAUAUUGUUCAUCGUCAAGAAGAUCUGCCAGCUGUCCAACUGGACGACCCCGGUCGACGAGAGCCAGGACAUGUGUCCAAAAAACAUAAACCCCGGCUUCUGCACCAAUUACACGCUGCCCAGUCUGGGACUCAAGAUCGAGUCCUGUAGCUGGGUUCUGUUUGCGUCUCUUGUCGUUAUUCUCGCGUCCAUGCUCAUUGGUCAAACCAUGUAAACGACAUCAACAAAAAAAACCAAAUUAUUCACUAGAUUUUUUUUCUCUACCAUCUUGUGUAAUGUCAGUGUAUAAUGCUACAAAAUGGCACCCUUAUAAGAUGCAUUUAGAAACAUUUUCAUCAAGACUGUGUAGACUGAGCCUAGAAAAAUAAAAGGAAGCUAAGAAAUUGUGUAUGUUCAUGUUAUAGAUUUUAGACCUACUGGGCACUUAAAACCUUCAGUGUACAUUUAACUUUUAAAAUGUUGGCCAUUUCAACAUUUCGAUUCAAAUAAUCGUAAAAUGCACUUAAAAUAGCAUCUUAUUGAGAAAAAACCCUUGAAAUGUGUGUGGGUAUAUGAAACAUCAAAUAACAAAUGUAGGUUACAUGUAGGCCUAUGUGUAGGUCUAUUGCAUGAAAGCGAGAUAUUCUGUCCUAAAAUUUGAGGAAUCAUUUUAGUGAUGCUAUCUUGUUGAACACUAUCAUUGUCGUUACGGUGUAUUCCUAUGCUUGAUCCAUUCCAUAUUUGAUAAAUGCUCUAAAUUUGCUUUUUUCUUUUUUCUAUUUUUUUUUCUUUUCUUUAUUUUUACAAAUAAAUUAGCCUAUACCUUGUUUUAGGGGUGAGUUUUUCGUAGGGUUUUUUGCAUUUAUAUAUCGAUAUUAAACAGUAAUUAUUAUGUCCAUAAUAUUUAAAUCUACGGUAAAUAUUGUUUUAAUUCGAUGUUAUAUUUUUUAAAUAAACAUUUUUGUUCCACGUGAACACAACCAUAUUUCACUUUCAUUUACCUUAUUUGCAACAUGCACAAUAACUCAGUCGGAAAAUAGGAUGGAGAUUUAAAAACAAAAUUUAUGCAUUAUAGACAUUUUUAAAUUUUGAAGGAAAGUUAUCACGAAACGAUAUACAUAUUCAUACAACUGUAAUGUGUGUAAAAUGAUAUUCCAGUUGACUCGGAUGAUGUUUGCUCAUACACAUGUGCUGUCCAACGUGAAUUGACUUUUAGCAUUUAUAUACUAGUAUACAAGUGUUUGUUUUCUUUAGGAUGUUUAAUGUGUUUGCUAGUGCCUGUUAGAUAUGUAAUGUAGUUAUACAUCGCCAGUGACUUGUGUAGAUAGGCUUUUUCCAUAUUGUAUGCAAAUAUCUAUAAGAUGUACCUUUGUAUGCAUAUGCUAGUGUCCAGUAGAUAUAUUAUGUUGUAUGUGUAUACAUGCGAGAUAUCUUUCUAUUGCUUGUUUGUACAUUCCUUUUGGAGUAUGUAUUCUACAGUUUGUUUAAAUGUAAAACGAAUAUCUAUGUGCUAGUGCAUGUCAAAACUGAUAAAGUGCCUGUGUAGAUAUUUGAUUUAUAAUAUUAUCUGUCAUCUAUCUGCCAUUUUACAAAAAACACCACCAGUUCAUCAUAAAGUUAUUGCAACGGACCAAAAAUGUCGAUAUGUUGGGGUGGGGGGUUCUUUGGCAUUAAUUGUAACUGAAUCGUUAUUCAGGUUAUUAGAAAAAUAUUCUGCUACAGCCUGGGGCCUAUUUCACAAAGCUCUCUUUGGCUUUGCUAGACAACUAAGCAUCCUCUUUGCAAGUCUUUUAGCAUUGCACUGCGAUAUCGCAAAGUUGCGAGAGUUUAGUGAAUUAGACCCCUGGGCCCGGUAACAUAAAGCACCCGUAACACUUACGUGAGACGUACACCAUACAUAAUGUGUGGCGUACGUCUGACGUAAGUGUUACGAGUGCUUUGUGUUACAGGGCCUAGGUCUGUUCGGGAUAUCAUCUGACGUCUUGUGUGUGUGUUAACGGAUAUUGAUGUCGUGUCGGUCCUGCAUUAACCGGCAUUUUGUUUGGCCUGACCUGAGGCCAAUUGUUCAAAAUUUAACUCAACCAGUCGCAGUAGAACUUUAGCAGUAAUGUUCAAAACCAAAAUUGAAUGGAUGCAUCAUAAGUGCCUACGCGUGAUUAUACCCAGAUCAAUGCUUUGAAAUAGCAUUUUUUAAGCACUUAUAUGUAUCGGAAGAUGAAAGCACCUGGAGCGGUCCAGUGAUGGUAAUUCACAUUUUGUUUGGGUAGGUGGGUGCAAUUAUCUUUUUGCCUUUGAAUAAUCGUCAAAGGGGAGAGCCCCGUUUCCCUCCCCAUUUCAGACGCCUAUUAGGUGGCCACUUGUAAUUAAUCAAUCUUGUACUUUUUGUCAUGAAAUAAAAUAAGUGUUAAUCUAAGCCAUAGUUAGUUUUUAUGAUUUGAAUAAAUGGACUUUAGUUCAUGUAAAGUUGCUUGAGUUAAACAUAUUACAAGUUGCUUAUGGUUUUUUAUGGCGCUAAACACUACAUAUGCGCCCACCUUGUGGCUUCCAUUCUGCUUUUUUGAUGUAACAACGAAUCUGUAUGAUCAUUGUAACUUUUUAUACACAUGUAGGUGCUUAUUUGAUAAUAAAAUGUUCAAAAAGA